UGCAAUGUAACAGCCGUAGUCCCUUACAGUGACCAAAAUUUACUAGUGUGCUCUGACAUUUACCCUGAAACUGAAAACAUGUGGUCAUGGAAGUUUUAAGAUUUUGGUAGGCGUGUUGUCGAUUGUAGCCCCGCUGCUGUUGAAUGAAACUUUACCUGCAACUGCUGUGUCAAAGCAGUCUCUUGUAACUGCUAGCUGAGAUCCCUCAUUUAAGGACCAUUCUCACUUCUCCAGGUGGAUUUUUUUUCUGUUUAGUGUAAACUAAGACUCUGUGAACACUUUUCCCCCCCAUGAAUGGCACUUGAAUUCAUUCACAGCAACAACUGGAAAGACCUAGCCUUACCCCCCUGUGAUUACUUCAGAAUCAAGCCUGCAAGCUCAUCUGCGCUUUAUUGCUUCCCACUCUGCUCUUUGCACAUCACUGUGGUAUUUCAUGACUGACAUUUUUGUCCAGCUUUCCUACUUGUCUUCCUCCUUGAGACUCAUAAGUAUUUUCCCAGCUCUCUUAAGGCGGCAAUGCUUUUGCUCAAAAGGCUGAAGGUGGGAGACUUGAGGAUACUCCCAAGAUUUCUUGCCUCUGUAUCAGGAAAGGAACAUGUUCCUGCCAGGCACCUUAACCAUGACCACAGCGUUGGGAUGCCAGGAGAAGCCGCUCUUCCUAACACAGGCCAGAUUACAUGCAAUUCAGUGCAGCAACGCCUCAGUAACCUGCUAUUUUACACCAUUUCGGGAGGAGAGGAGCAACUUCCAGUCUACAAAUUCAUAAAUACAUUAAAGGCAAAUGGCAUACUCACCUCUGACCCUAGGCUGAAAGAUUGCAUGGAUAUGCUACAGCAAACUAUACACGAGUCAUCCAUUGGCGUUGUGAUGAAUCGGGAGGUAUUUCAAAAAUGUGUUCAGAGCAACAUUGUGUUCCUGACUCAGAUUGUUUGCAAGAAGUUGGUGAUUCCUGACUUUGAACAGUUCACAAUGCAUGUAGACCGCCUAUAUGAAAAUGCUAGUGCCUUAGACAAGGGAGAGGUGGCUAACUACAUUCCACAGCUGGCCAAGUUUAGCCCUGAACGUUGGGGCGUGUCUCUUUGCACAGUGGAUGGACAGAGGCACUCCAUUGGGGAUACUGGUGUCCCAUUCUGUUUGCAGUCCUGUGUGAAGCCACUUAAAUAUGCUAUCGCUGUAAAUGAUCUUGGCACAGACUUUGUUCACCAGCACAUGGGCAAAGAACCCAGUGGCAAUCGCUUUAACAAACUGUCGCUUAACCAAGAAGGUAAACCCCACAACCCAAUGGUGAAUGCUGGUGCCAUUGCUGUCUGCUCAUUAAUUAAGCCUUCAACAAACAAAGCUGAGAAGUUUGACUAUAUUAUGCAGUUACUGAAGAACAUGGCUGGGAAUGAAUAUGUCGGCUUCAGCAAUGCAACGUUCCAGUCUGAGAAAGAGACGGGAGAUCAGAAUUAUGCAAUUGGAUAUUACAUGAAGGAGAAGAAGUGCUUUCCACCAGGUAUUGAUAUGAUCUCUGCACUGGACCUCUACUUCCAGCUGUGCUCCAUUGAAGUGACUUGUGAAUCUGGCAGCGUGAUUGCUGCCACUCUAGCUAACGGUGGGAUCUGUCCCAUCACAGGAAAGCGAGUCCUAAGUGCCGAAGCUGUGAGGAACACACUGAGCCUGAUGCACUCCUGUGGCAUGUAUGACUUCUCUGGCCAGUUUGCUUUUCAUGUGGGAUUACCUGCCAAAUCUGGAGUAUCAGGAGCCAUCCUGCUGGUGGUACCCAACAUUAUGGGAGUUUUCUGCUGGUCUCCUCUUUUGGACAAAAUUGGCAACAGUAUACGUGGAAUUCACUUCUGCCAGGAACUUGUCUCACUCUUCAAUUUUCAUAAUUACGACAACCUGAGACACUGUGUUCGUAAACUGGAUCCAAGAAAAGAGAGAAGCGAGGCACAACACAAGACUGUCGUGAACUUACUUUUUGCUGCGUACAGUGGAGAUGUGUCAGCCAUGAGAAGAUUUGCACUCUCAGCCAUGGACAUGGAGCAGAAGGACUAUGAUUCUAGAACAGCUCUACAUGUUGCAGCUGCUGAAGGGCAUUUAGAUGUGGUCAAGUUUCUGAUUGAAGGCUGUCGAGUAAAUCCAUUUGCAGAGGACAGGUGGAGAAACACUCCUCUGCAAGAUGCAAUUCGAUUUGAAAGACAUGAAGUAGUGAAUUUGCUGAGCGAAUACCAAGAGACCUACCAAAAAUACACGAGGGGACCUGGGAGUUCAGAGGAACAGAUGUCACUGGAAAAUCUCGAGAGCAUGGUGUAGCUGUACAUCACUUUGUGUCCUUGAUGGAAACUCUAGCCUCUAACCACCAUCACUUUAAUUUUUUUCCUACUUGAGCACAAUUGACCCUUCAAUUUAGAAGUGAAUCUACUAACUUACAUAUGUCAGCUUAUGGUUACAGUCAUACAAGGUGUUUAUUUGCUAUCAUGCCUCUUAAUUUAACUAUAUAUAUCUAUAAA